AGCAGUAAGGUGAACUGCCGGAAAUUCCUUUUGUUGAUCAUCGGAUGUUUGUUUUCCGGCCUCUUUCUUGAGCUAGUUGUUUUCUAUUCUCAAUACAUUUAUUGAAUCUCAGUGCGUUAACAACAGAGGCACUGCUCGUGUUGGACAGAAGGGUUGUAUAUAAAACCAAAUCACUGUCUUAACUGUAGUCAGGCCCGAGGCUGGGCUAACGUUAGCCUAGCAUUCAGUGAAGCCCUGCUGGCUAGCGUUAGCUUGUAUUAGUUGUCAUCCCAGCUGGCCUUAAGGACAGCUGUUCAUUCAAUUAACGCAUUGUUAAGAACGCUUAAAACAAACGAUCAGAAACCAUGGCAGUUGUCAACGAAGGUGCCCUGAAGAAAAUGCUGAAGCAAUACAAAUACAGAGAUCUGACUGUUCGUGAGAUAACGAAUGUCAUCUCCCAGUACAAGGACUUGAAGCCAGUUAUGGAUGCUUACGUGUUUAAUGAUGGCUCCACAAGAGACCUGAUGAGCUUGACAGGAACAGUCCCAGUGAGCUACAGAGGCAAUAUCUACAACAUCCCAGUGUGUCUGUGGCUGCUCGACACAUAUCCCUACAACCCUCCAAUAUGUUUUGUCAAACCUACCAGUGCCAUGAUGAUCAAAACUGGCAAGCACAUCGAUGCUAAUGGCAAGAUCUACCUGCCUUAUUUACAUGAGUGGAAGCAUCCUCAGUCAGACCUGUAUGGUCUGAUUCAGGUGAUGAUUGUGGUGUUUGGAGAGGAGCCUCCUGUGUUUUCACGUCCCACUGCACAAGCUCCCUACCAAUCCUUCCAAGCAGCUGGACCCCCAAACCCUUCCUACAUGCCUGGCAUGCCUGCAGUGUCACCCUAUGGCCCAACUCCUAACCCAGGAGGCUAUCCAGGAUACCAGUACCCAGGAGGCAACUCUUAUCCGGCCACUGCAGGCCCUACACACUACCCAACCCAGACUCCAGUCUCCACAGUUGGUCAGAGCAGAGAUGGCACCAUUGGCGAGGACACCAUCCGUGCAUCUCUGAUUUCUGCAGUAAGUGACAAACUUCGCUGGAGGAUGAAGGAGGAGAUGGACAGAGCUCAGGCUGAGCUGGAUGCCCUGAAGCGAACAGAGGAAGACCUGAAGAAAGGACAUCAGAAACUGGAAGAGAUGGUCUCAAGACUGGACCAGGAAGUGACUGAGGUCGACAGGAACAUUGAGCUGCUGAAGAGAAAGGACGAGGAGCUGAGUGACGCCUUGGAGAAGAUGGAGAACCAGUCAGAGAACAAUGACAUUGAUGACGUCAUUGUGCCCACCGCUCCGCUGUACAAACAGAUCCUGAACCUGUAUGCUGAGGAGAAUGCAAUUGAGGACACUAUCUUCUACCUGGGAGAGGCCCUGCGUAGGGGCGUCAUAGACCUGGAAGUUUUCCUCAAGCAUGUACGCCUUCUGUCCAGGAAGCAGUUCCAGCUUCGUGCUCUCAUGCAGAAAGCCCGCAAGACUGCUGGCCUUAGUGACCUCUACUGACCCACACUGACCACCUGGAAGCAUC